AUGCAAUAUCUCCUUGCAGUUUUGAAUGAGACAACCAGGCUGUACCCUGCUCUUUCACUGAAGAAUUUCAGCCAGAGAGAUGGCUUGAGGAAAAUGGUCUUUUCCAACAGGAAAGCCCUUUCAAAUUCACAGCCUUCAGUGCGGGUCCAAGGAUUUGUGUGGGGGAAGGACUUUGCUUAUAGAGAGGCUUUGAUAUUUUCUGCUGUGCUUUGGGGCCGUUACAUGUUCAAGCUGAGUGAUGACAACAAAGUAGCUCGUUACAAGACCAUGGCCACCCUCCAUUUUAAAAGGGGGCUUUAUGUCCAAGCCUCUCCAAGACUGGGGCAUGCAAAAUCUUAA